AUGAAACGAACCUCCCUUCGGCGCUUCUCCAGAUCCUCUCGGACCAGAGUCUUUCGGGCCACGCUUCUAGUCCUUGCUCUCUUCUGCUUAAUCGACGUCUUGUCCUUGAUCUCCGCUCGUCAGCACCAAAACUUGCCUGCGAAGACCCCCGACGUCCGCGGUCAGAAGAUAUUUAUCGCCAGCAUCCAUUGGAACAACGACCCGAUCCUUCGAAGCAAUUGGAAUCAGGCUGUGCUUGGAUUGGUGGACUACUUUGGAGCAGAGAAUGUCUACGUAUCAGUAUACGAGAGUGGAAGUUGGGAUGACUCAAAGGAGACGCUGAGGGUCCUGGACAACGAUUUGGAAAGGAAAGGAGUACGACGGACUGUCAGGCUCAAUGAGACGACCCACGCCGACGAGAUGAGACAGCCAGAAACAGACGGCUGGAUACAGACUCCGAGAGGCAAAACAGAGCUUAGACGAAUACCAUACCUGUCCAAGCUGCGCAAUUUGGCUUUAGAGCCACUCAAUUACUUAGGAGACGGCACGAAGUUCGACAGGGUGCUGUUUCUCAACGAUGUAGUCUUUACGACUGAAGAUGUGGCUACAUUAAUUGCAACCCGAGACGGCGACUACUCCGCUGCCUGCUCUCUGGACUUCGCCAAACCGCCUCAUUACUACGAUACAUUUGCGUUGCGCGACGAUGAUGGACACGAAGCCAUAACAUCUACAUUUCCAUACUUCAGAUCCAAGGCUUCCCGCAGCGCCAUGAUAUCAGGCCAGCCUGUACCGGUGCAGAGCUGUUGGAACGGAAUUGUUGCAUUCGAUGCGGCUCCUUUCUAUGACCCACACCGCUUGAAAUUCCGCGGCGUAUCGGAUUCUCUCGCUCUUCACCACGUUGAAGGCUCUGAAUGCUGCCUCAUACAUGCUGACAAUCCUCUCACCCAAAGCCAUGGCGUCUGGCUCAAUCCCAACGUGCGCGUGGGCUACAGCCCAGAGGCCUACGCCGCAGUCAAAUCAGCCUUAGCGUGGCCUUCAAUGUAUCAGAGUCUGUUGGGCAUUUGGUCAAACCGUCUGUGGCGUUGGACGACCUCAACCAAGAUGAAGUCGGUGCGGAUCACCAGCAGACUGAAAUCUUGGUCCGAAGAUGGUGCGGAUCGUUCGGAGCCUGGAAUGUUUUGCUUGAUCAAUGAGAUGCAAGUCUUGAUUGAGAAUGGAUGGGCUCACGUAUGA